AUGACCAGAUAUUUAAAUAGUGUCUUUCUGGAUCAUAGUACAGCAGAUGAUCUCUGCAUUUCUCAAUGGGCUUUCAGACAUUCUCUUGAUCUAGCAAAAAUUCUUCAUAUCUGUAUGGACAGACUAAAUGUAAACAUAAGUUUUCUGAAUAAAUUAGAAGAUCACAUGGAGACAUGGAAUGUUGGUAACCGGUUGGAGAAUGGAGAGUGCUUAGAAUGUGCAGCAGAAGUUGUUGAAUCUGUGAAGACAUACAUAAACAACAGUACAAAGUUGAAAGACAGCAAGGUUGCUACAUUCUUGAGACAGGUAUUCAAUAAUCCCUUUAUUAAAGUUAAACUUUUAUUUUUUUGGUCAAUAUGUACACAAAGUGAGAGCUUUCUCACUCAAUUUCAGAGCAACAAACCUCUUGCACCUUAUCUUUAUAAAGCAGUUGUUCAAUUAUUAAUGAACCUGAUGAGAAAGUUAGUGAAAAAUGACAGGGUCACUGACAAGCAGUUUCUAAAAAUAGAUUUAAAUGAUAAUGAAAACUUGGUAUCUCUGAAGAAUUUGGAUAUUGGUUUUGGAGCAAAAAAGGUUUUAAAAGAAUUGAAAGUAAGCAUCAAAGAUAUUUUGUGUUUUCUAAGAGAUUGUCAAAAUGUGCUGAAAGUGAUGACACAAAAGAUUAUUGAGAAGGGACCUGUCAAGUACAAAUGUGUGAAGGCCUUGAGCAGCUUAGACCCAGAAAUUAUUAAAAUGCAAUCAAAUGUUGGAAAAUUGUAUUUCAGUGUUUUACUGGAGGUUCUACAUGAUACAAGCAGGAUUGAUGGAAAUGUGCUGCCAAAGCAAAAGAACAGUAUGAUAUACAGGUAACCCCCGUAUAACACGGCACUUCUAUAGCACAGAUUCACUCUAACAUGGUUCGAGUAUUGGGUAAAACCCUCUACAACAUGAAAUGUACAGUAAUAAAAACUAUUAAAAGUGAACUUUAUCUAAUUUGAAUUUAGUGAAAUCCCCAUAAAACAAUAAACGUGAUAAAGAUUUUAAGUGCGAAAGAUACCUCAUUUGACAUUUUUCAUUCGAGUGCACAUGUACUAUCAGAUUUUCCUGCAUAAUUUUUGUGGACUAUUAGUGCUUAAGUAUGUAAAUUUUCCUUUUCCGCCUUUUGUCGAUUCACAUGGUUCUUCUUGAAAGUUGUUUCAGUGUUGCCAGAUCUUGACGCUUUUGCUUUUGUGUUGCCAGAUGCUUUCCCUUAUUCCAUACUUGCUUUAUUCAUCAUAAGUGCUUAGCACCAUAUAAGAAAAUUUAUAAAGAUCUUUUAACUAAAAGUAAGCAAUCUAAAAUAACAUAUUUUUUGCAAAAGGUAGAGCAUGGAUCUGAAGAUAAUGCAGAAAAAUUCUCAGAGGAUAAGGAUAUCUUGCCAAAAAGAAAACGCCCUUGGUUAAUAGUGCUUAAUGAUGACGAAAAAAAACAUUGUUUAAUUUAUAUUAAUAUGUAUCACUUCUUAAGAAAAUUUUAAUAAAGAUAUUUAUCUUAAUUAUGAAAAUAUAAUAACAUGUUUUUUAAUUUUUGGAACCUAACUCCCCUUUUCAUACUAGUUCUUUGUUUCGUAUAACAUGGAUUUGCAUAACACGGCAAUUUUUUGGAACAUAACUCUUGUGUUCGUGUUAUAUGGGAGCUACCUGUACUCUGCAAUAAAUUGUCCAUAAAACCCUAUUCUACAAAGUUUGAGGACUUCAUAUCCGAAAGGCGUGGUGAUGAUGGUCUGGACACAUUUUAUUGUGAAAUUAUGAAGGAUGAUAGGCAACUGCAAGAUCUAUGGUCUAUUAACAAAUUAUCUCUUUCUCACAUGGGAAUGCAAGUGUUGAUAGUGGUUUCUCAGUUAACAAAUCAUUGUUGAGGGAAAUCUUAAGGAAGAAAAUUUAGUUGUUCAAUGCUUAGUUUAUGAUGGGAUCCCUUUUGCAGGUUUGUAUUGAUCAAAUAAAUAUAGACCAGAAAAUGUUAACAGUCAGAGGAUAUAGACAGCAAUAUAUUGCAUCUCUGCAACAGAAAAAAGAUAUUCAGAAGCAGCAGGCAUUGAGGGCUGAAGAAAAAAGAAAACUUACACAACAACUUAAGGAUUUAAAACAACACCAGAAAAAUGUUAAGAAAAGAUCAUGAAAAGGAAGAAAAAGAGAUUGAAAUGAAAAUAAAUACAUUUGAGGAGAAAAAGCUAAAACUACAUUAAUGUAAUAGUUCUUGUGUUUUGUGAAUUGUAAUUAAUUUUUUAUUUUCUAAUUAUCUGUAUUUUGAAAAAA